GUAUCUUACAGUGUUAUUUGUGACAAAAGUAUCUGACACUUCCCCCCACCCCCCAUCAGUUCUUUUUUUUUUCCUCCCAAUGCCACUAGAAAACACCUACCGCUUAGCAGAUAUAUUGGAGGUCGUACCACCUUGUUAGAUUCUGCAACAAAUGAAUAUCAUCUUCUCUUCUCUCCUUUACUUAAUAUAUUCAUGAUCUGUGAAGGAAUCGAUUGGGACAAAUACCCAUCUUCUUAAUUAUCUAUACCCUUUCAUUUUCUCCUCCUUCUUGGACCUGACCAUGGGAAAGAACUCUGCUACCUCGUGGUUGUCAAUGGUGAAAAAGGCCUUUAGGUCUCCAGGUAAAGAUUAUGAGAAAAAGAGUAGCAGAAGGAGAGAAGAAUGUGGGCAUCAGGAAGAGGAUGAAAAGAAGAGGGAGAAAAGAAGAUGGCUGUUUAGAAGGGGCAGUAGUAAUAUCAAUCAUGUCCAACAGUGUGAAGCAAAGACACCAACACCAACAACAUCGACAAGUACUGCUGCACCACCUGCGAACAAUGCAGCAGAAACAGCAUUGGGUUUUGCAGAACAACGGCACGCAAUUGCCGUUGCAGCUGCUGAAGCUGCUGUGGCAACAGCACAAGCGGCUGUUGAGAUCGUUAGGCUUAGUUCUAGACCUUCCAAUUAUGCCAAUGUUAGAGAACACUAUCACUAUGCUGCUAUUGUCAUUCAAACAGCUUUCAGAGGUUACCUAGCAAGGAGAGCAUUGCGGGCACUGAAAGGGUUAGUGAAGCUUCAAGCAUUAGUGAGAGGACACAAUGUCAGAAGGCAAGCAAAGUUGGCACUAAAAUGCAUGCAAUCUUUGCUUAGAGUACAAGACCGAGUGCUAGAUCAACAACGUGCAAGGCUUUCACAUGAAGGGUACAGAAGAAAGUCUAUGUUUGAUGAAACCAAUGCAUUGUGGGAGACUAGAUAUCUUCAAGAUAUUCGUAGGAGGAAGUCCAUGUCCCGAGACAUGAGCUGUACAACAGAUGAAUGGGACGAUAGACCACAAACUAGUGAAGAGAUCGAAGCAUUGUUGCUAACCAAGAAGGAAGCUGCAUUGAAACGUGAAAAGGCACUUGCUUAUGCUUUCUCUAACCAGAUAUGGAGAUCUAGAAGAAACCCAUCAGCUGAAGAUGAAAAGGAGGUUGAAGAAAGAACAAAAUGGCUUGACCGGUGGAUGGCUACAAAGCAAUGGGAUAACAACAACCGGGUAUCAACUGAUAAAAGAGACUCCAUAAAAACAGUGGAAAUAGAUAGUUACAAGCUACAAUCCUACUCUUCACCAACAAUCAGAAGACCUCAUAGUUUCUUUCUGAACCAAUUCCCACCCACACCUUCCCCUUGCAAGACAAAGCCUUUGCAAGUACGUUCAGCUAGCCCUCGGUGCUUGAAAGAAGAGAAAUGCUACACCUCUGCAGCAAACACACCUAGCUUAGCUUCCACGUAUUGCACCACAAACGGAAUGUCUCGGUAUGUAAAUGGCACUGCCACGACGGUGCCGAAUUAUAUGGCAGCCACAGAGUCUGCGAAGGCUAAGGCAAGAUCGCAGAGUACACCGAGACAAAGACCAUCGACACCAGAGAGGGAACGAGGUGGAUCGUUAGUGAAGAAGAGACUAUCGUAUCCAGCACCUGAAAAUCAUGUUGUUGGCAUUGGGUGUAGUAGCUUUAGCCAGAAUUUGAGAAGCCCUAGUUUCAAGAGUGCAUUUGAGGGUCAUUAUGGGAUGGAGAAAGAAUCACUUUACUCAUCUUAUUAUACUGAAAGUUUUGGGGGUGAAAUUUCUCCAUGUUCUACUACUGAUCUAAGGUGGUUGAGAUGAAGGAGAUUAUUCAUGUAUGGUUUUCAUUCUUAGCACAUUAUUUUUAUCUGAAAAUGCAUCAUUUGGGCUUAGAAAGGUGGUAUGUUUUGUAUGGAAUUUAACAAAAUUUAUGAUCUCAGACUCUGAGAUGAGAUUUGGCCCAAUAGUUGUAUGCCUUUGUUUUCUGUUCCCAACAUCUAAUCAUGAUAAGCCCAAAUGC